AGUGGCGGGGGCGUCCGUAUCGCUACCUCCUGUCUCCAGAACCCCCGCCCCACCGAGAGAGUCGCGCUCACGCCAUCUUGUACCCCCCCCUCCAUACAGCCCAGUCACCUUUUCUCUUCCUACACUUUCUACCCCCCACUUCCAAGUGUGUCCCGGGCCGCAGCAGCUGAAACCGCACCAACUCUACCCCCACAGUCUCCACGCGGGACGCGCAGCCGUGCCUACAAGUGUUCUUAAAGCAGAGAUGAAUAAUACUGCAGCUAGCCCGAUGUCUACUGCCACUUCAAGUAGUGGAAGAAGUACAGGGAAGUCUGUAAGCUUUGCAGCAGAAUUGCAGAGUAUGAUGUUUUCCUUAGGUGAUGCUAGGAGGCCUCUUCAUGAAACAGUAGUUUUGGUAGAAGAUGUGGUACACACUCAGCUAAUUAAUCUGUUACAGCAAGCUGCUGAAAUUUCUCAGCUUCGGGGAGCAAGGGUAAUCUCUGCUGAAGAUCUUCUGUUUUUGAUGCGCAAAGAUAAGAAAAAACUUAGAAGAUUGAUAAAAUACCUGUUUAUCCGAGACUACAAAUCAAAGAUUGUCAAAGGCAUAGAUGAGGAUGAUCUUCUAGAAGACAAAUUGAGUGGCAGCAGUAAUACGAACAAAAGACAAAAGUUUGCUCAGGACUUUCUUAACUCUAUUGACCAGACAGGAGAACUUUUGGCAAUGUUUGAAGAUGAUGAAAUUGAUGAAGUUAAACAAGAAAGAAUGGAGAGAGCUGAAAGACAGACUCGAAUUAUGGAUUCAGCUCAAUAUGCAGAAUUCUGUGAAAGUCGACAAUUAAGUUUCUCUAAAAAAGCUUCCAAAUUUCGAGACUGGUUGGACUGCAGCAGUAUGGAGAUAAAACCCAAUGUUGUCGCUAUGGAAAUUCUGGCAUAUUUAGCAUAUGAAACUGUGGCACAGUUAGUGGAUCUGGCUCUUCUUGUGAGGCAGGACAUGGUAACGAAGGCAGGGGACCCCUUCAGCCAUGCCAUUUCAGCAACCUUCAUUCAGUAUCACAACUCUGCUGAGAGCACUGCGGCCUGUGGUGUUGAGGCUCACAGCGAUGCCAUCCAGCCCUGCCACAUCAGAGAGGCCGUUCGACGCUAUGGCCGCAAGAUUGGCCCGCUUUCCCCAUUCACAAGCGCCUACCGCAGGAACGGGAUGGCCUUUCUGGCCUGCUGAUGUGCCUGCGCCUGUGCCUGCGACCAUAGGAAAGGAUGAAGAAAGUAUCCCUGGGUCUCGGCUGAGAGCCUGUGGUAUUUACCAGACGCCUUCAACCCUGGUGAGCCCUGAAAUCCAACCUCUGACUCCCCUGCCUGACAAGAUGGAUGAAAUUUCUGCUCAGCUUUUUAGCCUCCAGCUGUUGCUCUCAUCCCAUAUGUGUGCACCUUUGGAGUUGACAUAUACUUCAAGAGGAAAUUUCAUGCAGAAUUAUAGGCUUCCUUUUCUGCCAUUUCUUUCUCUCUGUGAUCUUGGUCCCUCACUACCUUGCCAGCCCCAAACUCCAACCUCUGCCUUCCAGCCCAGUGAUACUGCCACAAGCCCCAGGCUGCUUGGCUUCUCUUCCUCUCACAGUUAAAUGGCAAAUUGCCUGAGAAAAAGAGAACUUUCCAUUUCUCCAGUGUCUUGUUCUCUCAAGAGAACCAGAAGCCAAGCUACCUUGGCUUUUUUCUAAUACUUCACUUAAUUCAUGCCCCCCCAAGAUAUCCAUAUCCAAAUCUCCAGAACCUGUGAAUAUGUUACAUAACAUAGCAAAAAGGAAAAAGGUUGCAAAUGGAAUUAAGGUUGCUAAUCAUAGGAAGAUUAUCCUAGAUUAUCCAGAUUGGACCAAUCUAAUCACGUGGACUCUUGGAAGCAGAAGAAUAGGUAAGGGAGAUGCAACAUGUAAAGGACUUGACAUUCUAGCUUUGAAGAUGGAGGAAGGGGCCACAAGCCAAGGAAUGUGGUGGCCUCCUAAAUGUCCCUAAGUAUACAGCCAGCAAGAAAAUGGGGACCUUGGCACUACAGCCACAGGCACUGAGUUCUCCCAACAACCCAAAUGAUUAGGAAACAGAUUCUUCCCUACCACCUCUAGAAGGGAAUAUAGCCUGACAAUACCUUGAUUUUAGUCCAGUGAGACUCAUACUUGACUUCAGACCUAUAGAAUUAUAAGAUAAUAAAUGUGUAUUUUUUAAACUGCUAAAUUUGUGGUAAUUCGUUAUGGCACAUAGGAAACUAUUACACAUUUGUUUAUGUAUUUUUUCCAUCUUUUACAGUUAUUCCCAGUUCAAGGAUUAGUCUCUCAUAGCUUGAUGUAUCAGUCAGGGCUCAGUCACAGAAUCAGAACCAAUGUUGCAUUAUGGGACAAGGAUUAGAGGGGUCAGAACUUACACAGUUGUGGGAAGACCUGGAAAAGGGAAAGCCUAGGAAGAAAGUUGGAGGGUCAGAGGAAAAGUCACCAAUCCAUCAUGUGAGACGCAAAGAAGAACCAGAUGCCAAAAGUGGCUGCAAAGUGACAGCUCACGGGAAGGUGUGUAGGAAGCCAUGGUUCUGUAUGACUCACCUCUGUGGGCUCACCACCAAGUGUCUGGCAGUGAGCUUGUGGCCACUGUUGGUCAACAGGAUCUUCCAUCAGAACUGUAGAAUGGAAGAAAGUGAGGACAGGCUAGAACCUGUCAGCACAUCUGUGCUUUGUCUGUAAUGGCCUGAACCUCAGAGAUUAAUAGUUGCUUCACUUGCACCUUUCAAAUCUGCAUAAAUUUCUCUUUUUGGCCAAGUCUAACUCAACUAUAUAGGGAAGGGGUUUGUGGAAAUAUUGUUUCAGUUUCACAAAGUUAGCACAUGAGCAGUGACCACAGUCUACCCUCCCUUUGUCAACUUGGCACCCAUACACACAUCUUUUAACCAUAUUUAACCUCUAAAUAAAGACAAUAGCAAAAUGCUUCCAGCUAAUAUGAUGCAUGCUAACCUUGUCUUCCAAAAUGAAUAUAAAGACUUUUGUGGUCUUCCUCUCCAAAACCCAUAACCCUAGUCUAAUCUUGAGAAAACCAUUAGACAAAUCUCAGAUGAGGGACAUUCUAGAGAAUAACCAUACUUCUCAAAGCUGUCAAGGAAAGCCUGAGAAACUAUCAUAGCCAAGAGGAGCCUAAGGAGUCAUGACCUGACAUAAAUGUGGUGUCCUGGAUGUGAUUCUGGAACAGAACGGGGACAUUAGGUAAAAACUAAGGAAAUCUGAAUAAAGUAUGGGCUUUAGUUAAUAAUAUAUCAAUAUUGUUUCAUUAAUUGUGACAAAUGUAUCAUAAGGUAAAAUAUUGAUAAUAGGGGAAAGUGGGUGUUGGGUAUAUGAGAACUUUGUAUUGUCUUCACAAUUUUUCUGUCAAUGUGAAACUAUU